AGCGAGGCGCCGUAAACAGCGGGGAGGCAGCGGCAGCGCCGCGGCGCCCCUGCGCCCGGGCCCUUCCGCGGCGGCAGCGGAGCGCAAGCGGGGGGGCGGCUUGGCGGGACGACGGGACUCUCCGCGGCCCCGGGCGGUUCCCGAGACCCAGGCAUGAUCCCUUUCCCGGCUCCUCUCAGGUUUGGGGUGAAAGACAGCUGUGAAUGAGAUGAACAUAGGAGUGGUAACAGAUUUCCUGAUGUGUAUGUGAACAUACUGAGUGGAGAGCACAGGGAUGGAGCCUGGCAUGGAAGAGAUCCCAGUUAAAGUCGCAGUUCGAAUCAGACCUCUGCUUUCCAAAGAAGUACUUCAUAACCAUCAAAUGUGUGUGAGACUAGUCCCAAAUACACAACAGAUUAUCAUUGGGAAGGACCGUGUCUUCACUUUUGAUUUUGUAUUUGGCAAAAACUCAACCCAAGAAGAAGUGUACGCUGUUUGCAUUAAGCCUCUUCUAGUGUCAUUGACUGAGGGAUACAAUGCUACAGUGUUUGCAUAUGGACAGACAGGUUCUGGGAAGACUUACACCAUCGGAGGUGGCCACAUUGCAUCAGUUGCAGAGGAUGAAAAGGGCAUAAUCCCACGGGCUAUUCAGGAAUUAUUUCAGCAUAUUUCUGAAAACCGUAACAUUGACUUCCAUGUGAAAGUGUCUUAUAUAGAGGUUUACAAGGAAGAACUUCGAGAUUUAUUGGAUUUGGAGACCUCUGUAAAAGAACUGCAUAUCCGAGAAGAUGAAAAGGGAAAUACAGUGAUUGUUGGUGCUAAGGAAUUCCAAGUAGAAUGUGCAGAUGAAGUGAUGAGCCUGUUGGAAAGCGGCAAUGCAGCUCGUCACACAGGAACAACACAAAUGAAUGAGCACUCUAGUCGAUCUCACGCCAUUUUUACCAUCAGUAUUUGUCAGAAAUGGUCUGUAGAGUCUCAGAAAAAUACUGGUGCUACACAGAAUUCAUCUUGGAAAUUGGCCGAGAUGAUUGCUUCGAAGUUUCAUUUUGUGGAUUUGGCAGGAUCAGAGAGGGUGACAAAGACUGGAAAUACUGGUGAACGCUUCAAAGAAUCAAUUCAGAUAAAUAGUGGUCUGUUGGCCUUGGGAAAUGUCAUCAGUGCCCUAGGAGACCCAAAAAGGAAAAGUGUACAUGUUCCAUACAGGGAUGCUAAAAUAACUCGUAUUCUGAAAGACUCACUUGGAGGAAAUGCUAGGACUGUCAUGAUAACAUGUAUAAGUCCAUCCUCAUCAGACUUUGAUGAAUCUUUAAAUUCACUCAAAUAUGCCAACAGAGCCAAAAACAUUAGAAAUAAACCAGUUGUAAAUUACAACCCCGAUCAAGACCGGAUUGAUGAAAUGGAACUUGAAAUCAGAUUGCUUCGAGAAGCUUUGCAGAACCAGCAAGUCAAUAAUCAGUGUUCGCAUGACUUAAAUCAAGAAAAAUAUAAUAUCAGUUCACUUGAGGAGCAGCUCACCCGGCUUCAGGUUCAAUAUUUCAGUUAUAGAACUUGUGUAGAUGAAGCCUUCCCAUUUCUGGUUGAUUUGAAUGAUAACAUUAGCUUAAAAAGAAGUCAGCGGGACAGGUUACAGAGCUGGAUCACUAUGGUACAGGAAGUGAGGAAGGAAGAUCUCAUGAUGCAGGAAGCUGACACAGGAACUGGGACCAGCCAAAUGCCACAUCAUACCACAAUUCUUCAGCUAAAGCAGGAACUAAAGAAAUGCCAGCAGGCUCUCAUUAUGGAUGAAGAAGUAUUUAGCCAGAAGAAUCGUGAACUGCAGAUAUUGCAGAAUCGGGUAAAAACAUUACUACAGGAAAAUGAAGAACAACUGGAAUCUUUAAAGGAGGCUCAAGAAACUCACAGAUUACAGAAUGAGAAAAUGGUGGAACAGCAAAUGCUUAUUGAUCAGCUAAAAGAGAAAUUGGAGAAGUUUACAGAUGUGAAAACUUCAGACUUCUCAAGUGCUUGUGAAGGUGGGCCAGCUGUUGUGGCAUCUGCAAGGAGGCCAUACAGUGUCCCACUCACAAAGAGUCUGCUGCAUUCUCUUCAGCCACCUUCAGGGACAGAGACCCGAAAGGUGUAUACAAGCCCCCCUGCCUUCUCCCUGGCCCGGGUAAUGGCAAAAUUCCGUGCUCGCAGCCAGAUGACACUGAGCCACAUAGAAGAUCAGGAUAAAGUCCUUCACUGCCACCUCUCUGACCAAAGUGAUGAAGAGGAUGAAAAUACAGGCAGCAAAAAGAAAACCUCGUUUAAGCAUUCCAUAAACCGAACAUGGACACGAAAACAAGCUUCUCUGUGCUUUCUUCCUGAUCUAAGUGACAUGAAGUGUCAGGUACUCAAAUCCGGUUUAUCCAACAAAUCUGCGCUACAGAGUGACAGAACCACAGGUGAAGAGAUUGACAACCUCCAAAAAAGUCACGUUUUUAACAUGCAGAAGUUAAAGAAUUCAGAGUUGAGAUUCACUGAGGCCGAGCAAAAAAUAAGAGAACUUGCACUUAAUAUCAAAAUGAAAGAGGAACUUGUUAAGGAAUUAGCAAGAACAGUGCUACUGAUCUCUUUGUGGACAUGUAUUUGUCUCAUGAUGUCUGGGAUAGGAGAGAAGAUACAUCACUGUGCUGCGAAUGUAAACAUUCCCAGCGCUGCAGUAGAGAAGCAGGAGUCAGAAGUGGAUGAGGGAAAAGGUAAGGAUGCUCAGUCUGUAAGCAGGCAAUGUUCUUUGAAGAUAACUAAACUGGAGCAAGAAUCUGAGCAGGCCAAACUGGAACUGGCUGAAACGCAAAAGCAGCUUCAAGAGUUGGAGAGUAAUAAGGAGCUGAGAGACAUUCCUGAGAAAACAAAAUUACAAAAGGAAUUCCGGAAGAAGAUGGAUGCAGCUAAGUUGAAAGUGCAGGCCUUACAGAAGAAGCAGCAAGACACUAAGAAUCUGGCUUCAUUAUCUAACCAAAGUGAGAGACAAGCAACAGAACUUGAGCAGAACGUGGCUCAGAUGAAGCGUCAGCAGACCCAGCUACAGAAGAGAUUGUGUGAGGAGAGUGAAAAAAAGAAGCAACUAGAAGCAGAGAUUGAGCGGGACCAGCAACAAAUUAAAGAACUUCAACUAAAGAUGGAGCAACAACAGAAGAUCCUUCAACUCAAGGAUAAAGAGAUUGCUGCAUUUAAAAAGAAGAAAAAUGACUCAGUGGAAACUUCACAGAAGCUACAGAAAUUAGAAGAGCAAAAGAAAUGUCUGGAUGAAGAAAUGGAAAGAAUUCUCCAACAGCACCAACAGUUAGCAGAACUAGAAGAAGAUUUAAAGAAAAGAGAAGCCAUUGUAGCCAAAAAAGAAGCAUUAUUGCAAGAGAAAAGCCACCUGGAAAUCAAGAAACUGAGAUCUAGCCAGGCUUUAAACAAAGAUAGUAUGAAAUUGUCUACUCGCUUAAGUAUGCUGGAUCAGGAACUGUGUGAUAAAGGUAUGCAGCUUCAGGACAGCACCACUGAAGAUAAGACAGACAUUUUGGAAAAAAUUCAAGUUCUCCAAACAGAAAAGGAUCAGCUGCUCAGAAGAAGAAACAGUGUGGAUGAGAAACUGAAAGAUGGUAAAGUGUUGACAGCUGAAGAAGAACAUGUCCUUUUCCAGCUGGAAGAAGGAAUUGAAGCCCUGGAGGCUGCUAUUGAUUAUAAGAAUGAAAGUAUUCAGAAUCGCCAGCACUUGCUUAAGUCAUCUUCUCAGAUUCUUUCACAGAGUGAGAAUAAUGUAAUAGGAAAACUAGUUUCCCUGUCUGCUACUGAGCUCAGAGCUAUCAUCUUCAAAUAUUUCAAUAAGAUUGUUGGCCUACGUGAGUCUGAACGAAAAUUACAACUGCACAUUGAAGAACAGGAAAUGAAAGUCAUAGACCAGGAAAACAUAAUACGUGAGUUAGAAUCUGCACUUGACCAUGUGAAGUUGCAGUGUGACAGGCAGCUGACCCUACAACACAAAGAACAUGAGAAAAAACUACAGCUGAUACUGCAUCAUUUCAAAGAACAAGAUAGUGAAGGUAUUGCAGAAACCUUGAAAGCAUAUGAAGUAAAAGUCCAGCAACUGGAAAAAGACUUAUUCUUCUAUAAGAAAACAAGCAGAGAGCUGAAAAAGAAGUUGAAGGGCCUAACUGGAGAGUCAUCCCAUCAAUUAUGGGCAUCCACUAAGUAUAACAGUGCUGAUGACAAAGCAUCUGGCCAAGAUGAAGCAGAAGUUGCUUCUGAAGAAUUCAAGUCGACACUUAACCCUGAAACCAAUAGUCGACCAGGGAAAAUAAAAGAAACAGACAGAGCAAGUAUUUUAAGAGUGCAGCAGAAUUUACACAAGCUUGGAGAAGAUGUUUCAGAAUUUGGGUGCAACAAAGAAUGCUUGUCAAGCACUAGCAAUGACAAAACAGAAACAGGUGAAGCUCAGCCUUCAAAAUAUCCUCACCUACCUUCUGUCACCCAGAGAAGAGAGACCAUAACACAGUUUCAAGGAGUGACUCCAGUAAAGCUAUCUCGCCGAGAGCUACGUCAUAUUCUUCCCUCUGAAUUACCUCUGAGACGCUCAAGCCUUGGAAUUGGUGUCAGUUUUAUUGCUGCAGAUUCCAUUGAAAUGGACAAAAAGUCCAGUGUCACCAAGACAUAGUUACUCUUCAUUGCAUUUUCAAUAGAUGUUGCUACUAAAGCAACUGUAUGAGAUUUAUUUGUUCAUGGUCUUGUUAAGUAUCAACCAUGGAUGCGUAAGUUCAUGUAGUGCUCUGUAGUUCUUAUUGCUCACUAUCAAGUUACUACAUGUUAUGCUCACACAGUUUCACUAAAUCUGAGGUGGAUCUUAAUUAGCACAGUAUCCAAGAACUUUUAUUCAAAGGCCUUUUAACAUUUAAGAAAUGAUUUAUAUUGGUUUGGGUUGGUUUUUUUUCCCAGUAACUUCAAAAACAUAUAAAUGUUUUUCAGACAUUGAUAUAUAGAUAGAAAAUUUAGUUGCCAGACUGUCAGCUAGUACUGAUAAUGACUGGCUCCAGUAUGCUUUUUAUCUAAAAACAUGUUAUACAAGCCAUGUUUGAGAUAAAAAUCUGUACCUAGAGAUAAAUUUGAUUCUGAAAAGGAACAUGAAAGUACUUACUUUUCUUUUUUUCUUUUUUACAGCUUAUUUAUGAAAUAAAAAGAAUUGCUUAUUUCACUUUCUGGUUUUGUUUGUUGAGCAUUUAAAGAAUUGCACUUGGCAACUCAAAGUGUGAUAUUUAUUUUCUGUACUACUAAAAUGGAAAAAAAACAGAGGACCAAAUUCAGCAUCUACUAGGUAAGCCAGAUAGACCGAUAUAUUAUUGUAUUUGUACUAAUUUGACAUGUCCUUUCACAGACAAAUUAUUCUUCUGGAUUCCAUAUCUGCUUCAGAGCAAGAACUACACAUAUCCUUUGGUUUACUGCUAUACUGUUGUUGGUAAUGCUUUCAGGAUGAAAAACAUAUUUUUUUUAAUAAGAGGACAGUGGUCGCCAAGAAGCAUAUGCUGAACAGCUGCACAAAAUUGAAGGCAGAGACCAGAAUGUCCACAUAUAAUGACAUUAACACUUCUAACCAUAACUCUCUCUACAGUGGCAGUACUGAAAGUAAGGUUAGUUUUAUUUUACUGGUGGACUUAGGCCAGUUAUGUUUGAAAAUGUUGUCUUAGAUUAUUACAUAUACUUAGGAAAAGGAAUUUUUGCUCUUUGCUGUUGUCUAGGCAAGGUCUUGUGUAUAGCAUGUAUGGCUGUAGAUAUAAAAGAACUGCAUUUUUCCACGCUGCAAGCACAGUUCAAAUCUGUCCACGUUAUGAAGAUGCUAUUACAUACAGCAUGACAAGUGGACCUAUUGUCUUGUGGCACAUUUUAAAAUUUUCUGAGUAGAUUGCAAAAUAUUUCAUUCUAAACUACUUAACAUGUGAAAUGAUUGUUUCUUUCAUAAUUAUACCUAGUUAUUACUUAUUGUUCAGCUGAACUGUGAAAUAAAGAUGGGGAUCUUGUUUGAUUGUUUUUGGAUUGGACUUGAUUGUUUUUACAUACUAAGUGUAUGUCUUAAUUGCUUUGUUUCUAGUGAAAAGUCAAUAAACCGAAACAAGUAAA